GAACAGGCACCUCUAGCCAGCAUUACAACACAACACAGUGCAGAGAGAGAGAGAGAGAGAGAGACUGUGUUCCUCACUGCUUUCCUUUCCCUCUCUGCAGGGGCACACAGGGAGAUAUCUGAUCCCCACCAUAACAUAGUAGGAAACGGCAAGAAAGAGAACGACACAGAGUGAGAAAGAGAGAGAGACCGACAGAGAGAGAGAGAGACCGAGAGAAGAAGAGAGAGAGAGGGAGGGAGGGAGAGCGAGGGGAGAGAACGUGAAUGCAGUGUGAAGCCAGCUGUAGUUUCCGAGCGGAGGGGAAGCUGGUCGACCGGAGGCUGGUAGUGGGCGAGCCGUUGCUGUGCCUGUGCGUACCGUCAGGACAUCGUAUGCAGCCCUGGGAGAGCUGUGGAGGAGGUGCGUGGAGCAGCACAGCCCUGGUGCAGCCGAGACAGAAGCAGCAGCAGCACCAGGACAGUGAAUGAGGAGGGAGCAACAGUCAAGUUCCCGUCCUGGGUGUCUGGCCCGGUGAUCCGUCCCCAGAGAGGCGCAGGAAGCGACAGAGUGGUGGUGCCGUUGGCUGCGGAGGGGGCACCAUGGCAACGUGCCUGGGACCACAAUCACGCGGCCUCCUGCUCCACUGGUUCCUCCUGCAGAUGGUCACAGUGUCGUCGGUCCGCGGUCAGGGCUGCCCCCAGCGCUGCGAGUGCUCGUCCAAACUCAAGUCUGUCUCCUGUCAGGGAAAGCGUCUCUCUGCCCUGCCUGACGGGAUCUCCCCGGACACCAAGGUGCUGGACCUGAGCGAGAACAGACUGCGCUGGGUGGAGCAAGGCGACCUGCUCCCCUACCUCCGCCUGGAGGUGCUAGACCUCAGCGGGAACACCAUCAGCGUGCUGGAGCCCAACGCCUUCGCCGGCCUGCAGAGCCUGCGCUCGCUGUCUCUGAGGGGCAACCAGCUGAAGCUCAUCCCCAUGGGGUCCUUCUCCCGCCUGGCCAACCUCACCUCGCUGGACCUGAGCGGGAAUAAGAUCGUCAUUCUUCUGGACUUUACGUUCCAGGACCUGAGGAGUCUGAGGAGGCUGGAGGUGGGAGACAACGACCUGGUCUACAUCUCCAACAAGGCCUUCCUGGGCCUGGUGGGGCUCCGGGAGCUGACCAUCGAGAGGUGCAACCUGACGUCCAUCUCCAGCCAGUCGCUGUCGUACCUCCGGAGCCUGGUGACCCUGCGGCUCCGCUACCUCAGCAUCUCCGCGCUGGAGGAGCAGAACUUCCGCAAACUGGGCGGCCUGAGGGGUCUGGAGAUCGACCACUGGCCUCUUCUGGAGUACAUCUCCCCCCACAGCCUGCAGGGCCUCAACCUGUCCUGGCUGUCCAUCACGCACACCAACCUCACCUCCGUGCCCACCUCGGCCCUCCGCACCCUGGCCCACCUCACCAGCCUGAACCUCUCCUACAACCCCAUCUCCGUCCUCGAGUCCUGGGCUCUGCGGGACUUGGUGCGGCUCAAGGAGCUCCACAUGGUGGGCGCCAACCUGGUGACCGUCCAGUCUUACGCGCUGGGCGGGCUGCGGCAGAUCAGCCUGCUCAACCUGUCCGCCAACGGGCUGGUGACGCUGGAGGAGGGCGCCUUCCAGUCGGUCAACACCCUGCAGACCCUGCGUCUGGACGGGAACCCUCUGGCCUGCGACUGCCGCCUGCUCUGGAUCCUCCAGCGCAGGAAGACCCUCCGGUUCGACGGGGCCGCCCCGGUGUGCUCCUUGCCCGUGGAGGUGCAGGGCCGGGCCCUCGACGCCUUCUCCGACUCGGCCCUCCUCGACCACUUCACCUGUCAGAAGCCGAAGAUCCGCAACCGCAGGCUGCAGCAGGUCACGGCGCGCGAGGGCCAGGUGGUGUCCUUCCUGUGCCAGGCGGAGGGCGAGCCCAAGCCGGCGGUGUUCUGGAUCUCUCCGCAGCGGCGACGCAUCACCACAAAGAGCACCGGCCGCCUCACAGUGCUGCCGGACGGGACCCUGGAGAUCCGCUACGCCCAGGUGACCGACAGCGGGACCUACAUCUGCAUCGCCAGCAACGCCGGGGGCAACGACACCUACUUCGCGACGCUCACCGUGAGCGGACUGCCCCUCGACGCCGCCCUGAUGGCCAACCGCACGUACUACGCCGGAGACCUGAACGACACGAACCUCAACGACACCAGGGUGUUCCUGAAGUUCACCCUGGACCUCAAGACCAUCCUCAUCUCCACGGCGAUGGGCUGCAUCAUGUUCCUGGGGGUGGUGCUCUUCUGUUUCAUACUGCUGUUCGUGUGGAGUCGAGGGAGAGGACAGCACAAGAACAACUUCUCUGUGGAAUACUCGUUCAGGAAGGUGGAUGGGCCGGCGGCCAGCGGGGGUCAAGGAGGAGCAAGGAAGUUCAACAUGAAGAUGAUCUGAGCUCGCCGAGAUUCUCUUUUCCAAUGGAUUCCCAUACAGUGUUUUUUAUUUUUUGCUGACAAUGGGAAUAAUGGAUCAUGGGAAGGGUUGGAAAAAGGCCCGGUCUUUCUGGGACUUUGAUUAACGAUGUGGUGUUAUUUUAAAAGCCUGUUAGCAGCAGGGUAAUUUGUAAAAUUUAAACGCAUCGCAAUCUGUGAUAUUUAAUACAAAAAACUCUUGGGUAUGGUGACGAGACCAUGCUGUGAAGACCAUUUUUGGUAAAACAAACAAGUUGAUUAAAAAAAAAAGAAAAAAAGAAAGAUGUCUGAAGAUUCCGGAUAGACUGUUACACCACCAAACAACACAAGGCCUCCGUCCUGCCUCCACUGGCUGAACAGCUCUGGCUGCCUCUCCGUCCGUCCUCACAGGGGCUGUGCCUCCUACAGGUGUCCCCUCCGCUGCUUCAGUAGUCCUUGCUGCAGUGGUUAACUGAUACUAAUAUCUAUGAUUAGGACAGAUGCACUGAUCAAGGACCCUGCCAAUCCUGCCGCGAGUGGUUGAAUCGGUUUAUUCUUUGUUUUACUCUUUUCACAAUACUUUAUUUGUACAGGAGUAGUAUCAGGCAUCGAUUGGGUAUUGAAGGAGACACUGGCAGUGUGUUCUGCACAGAGUAGAUCAGUCAACCGAGGACUGGAUCUAUGGCUGCAGACGCUCUGUCUCUGCAUAACACUGCCAAACUGACCAUGCAGAGCACUGUAUGAUGAUAUAAUGAUUCCCAAUGGCACAGCACUAUCAUUGAUUUCUAAACUUGUUCAUAACUAAAUCAAUCACUAAGCUAAACACGUGUAACAAUGGAGGGAUUCCGGUGCACAAUUCUCGAUUUUAUAAAUUUGACGUUGCCUCAGUUGAAGAGUUGGGGAAUUGAUUGGUUUGGUUGCUAGGUAGGAUAUAAAUAAAAUGUAUUAUAUUUGUCUUGCUUGACAUGAAACAAAACGUGUUUGUUAAUAAUAAUGAUAGUAGCGUCCUGUGACUUAUCAAAGCUGCUGUUCUACCGUAAUUCCGAUUACCGUUUCAUUAUUUUUUUUAUAUCUAAAUAUUUCUGUAUCGAUAUUCAAGGAGCAGCAGCCUCACCAAUGUAUCACCCCAUCAGAGGGCUUGCCGUUGGACAUUACGUUGUGUUGAAUGAUGCCUUUCUCCUUAGCGCACAUCAAGUGAUUCACGCCUGUUUCGUUCAACUCUUUGGGAGGGAAGUCAAAGUAUUCUUUCAAUUUGAUCUGCUCCCUAUAUGUUCCUCAGAGGCCACGAGAACGACCACAAGGUUCGCUGGAGGUAAAUGAUUUCUUUUUUGAAAGUUACACUGCAAUGAUUGGUUUAAUGUUUCACAGGGCACGAAAACAGAACUAAUUGGUUUAGAAAUAAUGAUAACAUUUUCUUUUUCUAAAGCACAACUUUAUAUUUAUAUGUAGCCUAAAUGACAGAUGGAUUAAAUUCGUGGAGGAGUAAAGGAUUGCAUAAAGAUUUUUUUAAACCGGCCCUUCAUCUAACCUUAUAUCAUUUAUAUUUGUAAUAAAUAAUGAACACACUUGAAUAAAUCGUUUCAAAUCUAAGAUAAAAUCAUGAUCGAGGGCAUUUUUCGAAAGGGGAUUUGAUUCCUAAAAUCGUUCCUCCCCUUUUCUUCUGCAAAUAGCAGUUGAUUCUAUUAGUUUGGUGGUGCUGCUCUCUGCUGGCUGCAAAUGGUAUAGUUAUAUGAAAUCUCUGUUUCACCCGACUGACGGGCAACACAUAUCAAUCAAGAAAAAAACUAAUUUGAGUAAAAAACAUUUCUUAAACCCUUUCUAAACCAUCCCUAUGUUCAAUAUGUUCAACUAAUUAUUGUUGCAAAUCCUCUUUUGGCCGAAUCCCCAUUUGGUGUGAUUUCAGGUUUAAUUCAAUCGGAAGCCUAAUACAAAUUGGUAAAAAUAUUUAUUUAUUUCCCGCAUUUUAGAAAUGUAAUCAAUGUGAAUUGUCUGACAUCCUGCUGAUUCUGUACAAUAUGAAAAUCAUUGUGUUUGAGGAACAUCCUAGACUAUUUUGUAUUGUAUCAUUUUAUAUACGUAUAAAGAAGAAGCACACUAUUUAUAAAGCAUGUAACACGAAUCAA